GUGGCGCCGAGGAGGGGGCCAUGGCGCUGCAGGAGGUUUGCGGGCUCCGCCGGGAGGAGUGGGGCGCGCUCCUCGAAGGGGCUUGGGGGGCUGCGGGCGGCACCGGGCACUACGGCUUCGGGGCCGGGGAGCCCCGCAUCGCAGUGCCCCCCGGCAGGCAGCCCUCAGAGUUCCUGCAGACCCUCAGCGAGGGCAGCGGAGACAGGCACCAGAUUGAGCUGGCCCAUGGCACCACCACCCUGGCCUUCACUUUCCAGCAUGGAGUUAUAGUGGCCACUGAUUCCCGCGCUUCGGCAGGCAAAUAUAUAUCCACUCUUCUCUUCAACAAAGUGAUUGAGAUCAACCCCUACCUGCUGGGCACCAUGUCUGGAAGCGCAGCUGACUGCCAGUACUGGGAACGUCUCCUGGCCAAACACUGCAGGUGGGUUUUCAGAACAGGCCACAAUGAGAUUUCUGGGCGCUGGGGUGACCUGCUGCCUGGGAUAUGCCGAGUCCUUACAUGGAUGGGAGCUCUCUGGUGCGGCAGCAUGCUAUGCGGAUGGGACAAAAAGGGUCCAGGCCUUUACUACAUAGACGAUAAUGGGGUACGCCUGUCAGGCCCCCUGUUUUCCACAGGAAGUGGAAACACGUAUGCUUACGGGGUGCUGGACAGUGGCUACCGCCCUGACCUCAGCGUGGAAGAGGCCUACGACCUCGGCAGGAGGGCCAUCUCCUACGCCACCCACCGUGACGCCUACUCGGGAGGAGUGGUGAACAUGUAUCACAUGAAGGAAGACGGCUGGAUCCGAGUUGGACGCACUGACGUCGCUAUGCUGCUUGACCAGUAUGCAGAGGCCAAGAAAUGAGAUGGGACGGACCAAGGGACGUACAUGGCGGAGAUUCUUUGAUGCUCAGGGAUGGAGGGAGAAAGGGAUGAGAGCCCCGUGAAGAUGGGGGGCUACAAUAAAGAGACCUUUAACAUGA